AUGUCCAAAAAUAAAAUCAGUCUUGUAGGAGCUACAGAUGAAGACCAACAUUUAAAUCCAGAGUAUGAAGAUACUGUUAAUCAAGUGGUUCAAAGCAUUUACAAUAGUGUCUUGCAAGAAACUGGAUCUCAGCCAGCCCUUUAUCAUGAUGUCACAAGUUGCAGAACAAUUUUUCCUGAACGAACAGCCAGUAUAAUAAUAAAUGAAAUCUCCAGUGGCCAGCUAAUACAUUCUUUUAAUGAACAGUCACCAACUGAUAACUGCAGUACUAUAGAGGUUGACAGUACUGCUGACAAAGAUCUUUCAUCAGUCUCCAUUCAAAUAAAUAUUGAGGCAGGAAGUUCUGGAGAGUCAAUGAGGGAUGCAAAUGGGCAUCUAGCAGAAACAUUGCUACAAGAAGAAGAGCUACCAGUUGAAAUAAUCGCUCAUAUUGGAGACAAACCAUUAGACAUAGAUCCAGACGUUAUUUCAGACCAUUUAGCAGUUAUUUCCAUAAAAACAGAGCCUAUUGAGAAACUGAAUGAAACAUACAGGAGUCAUUCUGGACUAGAGCUACCAGAACUAAGAAAAAAAUCGAUAUCUAAGACAAGUAUGCUAAGUACAGCUACUGAAAGUGAUAUAGAGAAAAGGAGAGAAAGACGGUCCUCUGUGAAUGCUUUAGGACGACUAGAUGUCAAACCAAAGGAUGUCGUUUGCAGAAAUUCAUUUCAGAACCUGAAGAAACCUGAUGUCACCAGGGUGGAACUUCUAAAAGAUGUCAAGAGCAAGGAGGAACUUAUUUUACGACUCGUCUCAUAUGAUAUUCAACAUGACGAGGACGAGGAUUUUGAACAAAUUGUAAAAGUAGAUUCCGCUUCGGUUUUUGAGAGCCAGGUAUAUGCAGCAGGGGAAGAGGAAAUCAUGCCUGCUUAUGAGAGUGCCCCUUUGGCUGAUAUGCAGAAUAAUUUAAUUGCUGCCCAGGCCCCUGAGAAAGAGGAUCAGUACAAGAUUAUGGAAGAAACAAUAUUAACUAACUUGGCAGGCCCUAAAUUGGACAUAGAUCUGCUGUCUGCUCUAAGCAAGGGCAUUCCAUGUUUAAGGGAGAGUGUUGAAGACACAUCGCCAGUUCCUGAGACCCAGGACAAAGAUCCAUAUGUUAACACGCCCCAUGCUCAGGAUACUGAAGACACAUUAAGGACCUCUGAGUUUGCCUUGCCCUACGAAGACGCUGGAAAUAAAGGCUCCUCAUUACAAGAGAAAACAGGAGAUGCUGCUGUUUCAGAGUCCUCCACUCCCAGUUCAGGGGCUUCAGUGCCUGAGAAGGUGCCUGGUGUUCUGUCCACAGUUUUCUCACAAUCAUGCAGCAGCCCAAGUGACAUUUCAUCACCAACCCCAGCGACCCCUUAGAAAAUUCAUACCAGAUGCAAAACUUGUAUG